AUGUCCUCUUCCUUGAAACUCCUUUCUAAUCCAAUUUUUGAGCAUCACUACGAGGAUCUAGGGCGCGUUGACGAACUAGAGUGCUCAUACCGCCGUGCUAGGGAAAUUGAAAGAUUUCACAAUUUGAGUCUAAAGGAUGUCUUCCAUCUUACUCCAAAAUUUUGGGAUGCUCAUCAAGAUAUGAUUAUUCUUCGAGACACCACUGCUCAGAUCUUGGUCACGAUUCAGUUGAACCUCGUAGCUGGAACACUAGCUCCAUUUGUGCUCAAAAGGCCUGAUCUGGAGCCUCUUAUGAAAUCAAUCUUGAAUUUCGAUAUUUCAACCCCCUUCAUGCUGAAUGAAGUUGGCCACGGAUGCGACGCCAGAAAUCUGGAGACUACGUCGACUUGGCAGUCGGAUGGGAGUUUCAUCCUUCACACACCAAGUUCUGCUGCAAUGAAAUUCAUGCCCCCAUCUAUGCCAAUUGGUGAUACCCGUCGUAUUGCAAUUGUCUUUGCCCUUGGUGGUGAAAGGUGA